AUGCUCCUCUCGGUCAGGAAAACACUCAAGCAAAAAGGAGAAGACAUCAUGGCCGAGAAAGAGAAUCAGGAGGUUCCUACUGUCGCUCCAAUUUUGACCAGAUUGGAUCGCCUUGAUCGAAUGCUGCAGUUUCUGGAAGAUAAGUACUUGGUGCAGGAAAAGCCGAAAACUGAAGCAGCUGUGAAGGUCGUCACGGAAGAUCAUCAGUGCAUGAGUUUAUCAGCCGCCCUCGAGCUAGUUAAACAGAAAGGCAGCGUGGUGGAGAGGCUCGAAUUCCUCGAAAACCGCAUCUUACAGUUGAGCCUGGAGAUGGAAGUAGGCAACAACAACAGUACAUCCAGGUCAAGCUCUGUCAUGGUCACAGAACCUGAAUCUGGUGAUGAUGAUCAUAAGCAUCUGAUUGUGAAGCAGGAACCAAAAAUGGCGCCAAAUCUCUCCAUUAAUCAGGUAAAUUGACCAACUGGAGUUUCUGCAAUAUAUGAUUGAAGGAUGAUUUUGUGUGGGGCAUAUAUGCUAAAAGAUUCAAUGCAUGACAAAUGAUUCACGUUGAAUUCACUGGCAUGACGGCAUACGUGA